UGUGAGCUCCAUCAGUGGCCCCAAAGAAUACAAACUGAAAAGAGCCACUGUCCAGUUUUGGUUGUUUGUACGCAGAAGACUCUCCCAGUGUCAAUUCUCAAGUCAAAUAAAAAGGAAUUAUUACCCAAAAAAGUGCAAUUACGUGUUAUUUAUGAAGGAUUAUUGGAAAAAAAAAUUAUCCACCUCAAUACGUUAUUACUUUCAUCAAAUAUUCAUUCAUUAUCUUCCCACAUCGCUGGGGUAUAUGCGAGGUUUCUGUGAAUUAAUUGUGGUGAUGAAUGCACGAAAUGGGGAGACAAUGAAUUAAUAAUUCAGGAAUUUUGACUCUUUUUCACGCUGAGCGCGACUUUUCACAUUUGCUGAGUCAGGGAAUUCAGGGGAUUUUCUGCUGCAAAGACAAUCAGGCAAAAGUAUUGCGCGAAUAAAAUAAGAUCGAGCGUUGAAAGAGGAGAAUUUCUUAAAGAAUUCCAAUUUGAGAAUUUUGAUAUUCAGCAAUGUCGGGGAAGGACACAAAGAUCGAGAUGUCGUCCAUUUCUCCAGGUGUCUGCCUAACGGAUAUUCAAGCUAUGCUAACGAGAGCAUUUGAAGCAAAGAAUAUUGAUCAAUUUCGACAGGCUUUAGCUCUGGGAGCUGAUCCCUCCGUAAGGGAUUCUCGUGGAAAUUUCUCAUUGUUCGAGUUGAUUUGCCAACAACCGGGAUCAACAGCUUUCAUUGAGGCAUGCAUCAAAGCUGGAUUCACCGACACACCUCCUCAUCCCAUCUCGGGGAAGCUUGCUGUGAACUUCCUGGCUGAAUCUCUCGAUUCAGGCAAUUUGGAAAUGUUCCUGCGCAACUUCCCCACAACGGAUGUUAAUGUGCUCGAUGAGGAUGAUUCCCCAAUCCAUGUGAUUGUGAAGAGUUUGAGUGAGACGAAUUUUCGCGAGUGCUUUGAGUGCGUGAAGAUUCUCGUGAAGCACGGAGCAAAUGUUAAUAUUCCCGACAGCAGGGAAUUCACACCAAUCCUCACGGUGGCCAGGAGUAGAGUAAGUGGCCGGGAGGAGAUUAUCAACUACCUCCUGCAGCACUGUCGUGUGGAUUUGGAUACUUUCCGGGAUGGUGAAGCGAGGGAGGUGCUGCAGAUGAAAUACCCCAAAAUUCCUCUUCCCGCCAAAAUGGAAGCUGAGCGGAAUUUUGAGUUCUUCGCCAAGUCCAUCAUGGAUCUUCACUUUAUGGACACUCAAGAGAGACAGAGGGAAGAACCGAAGCUCAUCACGGAGCUUCAGCAAUAUUUUAUGGGAUUAAAGGGUGAAGAUGAGAAGAGGAAGCUCCUCACAAAUAGCAAUAGCAAUGGAACACUCCUGGCAAUGGCCAUAAAGGUUGGUUCCAGGGAAAUUGUCAAGGAGAUCAUUAAGCACGGAGCUGAUCCUAAUGGUGGGAAAGGUUUCCGGAACCCAAUUGACGUUGCGUGCAUUCAUGGUCAGUGGCAGAUUCUCGACACACUCCUGGAAUGUGAUGGGAUUGACGUGAAUUCAUGCUCUGAUCCACCUCUGUGUCUCAUUGUGAAGAAGCUUGGAGAGCCCUCGAGCACAUCCAACUGUGACUACCAACGAUGCUUUGACAUCCUCGUGCAGCAUCCAAAAAUUGAUAUUAACCAGAAAGAUAAUUCCGGCAGUACUGCCCUGCACUAUGCAGUUCGGUACAAGGAGGAGAAGGCUACAAGGGCCCUCCUGGACAAGAAUACCUACAUAGGGACACGAAAUCGCUUCCAGGAUCUCCCCAUAACCGACAUCAAUCCAUCCAUUCUUGAGGAAUACUUCGACAGUAGAAUCACGACAAAUGGCAAAAGGGCUGGAGAUGAGGAACUUGAGAUUUACUUUGACUACUCCUGCCUCUUCCCACCGGAUGUUUGCAAAACAAGUGAGAAGUUCUGCGAGGAAAUGGUUCCAAUCUACGAGAUGACAAAGAGUACGGAUCUCAGGCAUUUGCUGAAGCAUCCUCUCAUCAGUAGUUUCCUCUUCCUCAAAUGGCAUCGUCUUGGAGCCAUUUUCUACGCCAACCUACUCCUCUACUCACUCUCCACCCUCACAAUAAUCCUCUACAUCCUCCUCUGCUACGGUCACGAUGUUUCCCCUGAGCUCUCCACCUUUAUGCUCAUCAUAAGCUCGGCAGGAGUUCUUUUUAUAAUUCUCAGGGAAACUUCGCAAUUUAUCACAGCUCCUGUUCAGUAUUUUCGACAAGUGGAGAAUUACCUCGAAAUGGCAAUCAUUGGAAUCUCAAUUGUCGUCCUGACGGGAUACUCAGUGACAGACUACACGAGGAGAGUCAUUGCAGCUGCUCUCAUUCUCCUCUCUGCUGUGGAAUUCUCCCUCCUCGUAGGCUCCCUCCCACAUCUCUCCAUCUCCACCCACAUGGUAAUGCUGAGGACUGUCUCCAUCACCUUCAUGCGAAGCCUUAUGCUCUACUCAAUCCUCCUCAUUGCCUUCGCUCUGUGCUUCUACACCCUCCUCGGUGGCACUGACAAUCCCAAUGCGCAAGUUGAGGAUGGAUUCAACAAAUUCAUCGAUCCGGGCACAGCAAUAAUCAAGACAAUCGUCAUGAUGACGGGAGAAUUUGAAGCGGCAAAUAUUGAAUUCAAAUCCAACACCCUCAGCUACGUCUUCUUCCUCCUCUUUGUCUUCUUCAUGAGCGUUGUGCUCUUCAAUCUCCUCAAUGGUCUCGCCGUCAGUGAUACCCAAGCUAUCAAGGCUGAAGCCGAACUCACGGGAUUCAUUACACGCGCCCAAGUUCUCGAGCGCUACGAAAAGCUUGUCUUUGGGAAAAAUCCCGGACAGUGGUUUCGUGUUAUCUCCGAAGUUUGCUACUUCCGGAAAAUUGCGCGGAGAUUCAUCUGCGUCUUCCCCUUCUACCUACCCAAGAAAAUCCUCGUGCUCAGCCCUAAUCGAGGGAAUCGCAUCUACAAUCACUCCAAUACGAGUAAACUCAUGAGGAAUGAUAUUGGCACGAGUGGAGAGGCGAAUGACCUUCUACGUACAUCCGGGCCUUGUUGCUUUGGAUGUGAAAAGUGUACGAGUCUCGAUGGGAAAAUUGUGAGGUACACGAAGGAAGUAAUUGAUAAAAAUCAAUGGGCUGACAAAGCAAAGCAGGAAAAGCAACGCCUGGAGAACAUUGAGAAUCAACUCACGGACAUUCAGAACAAAUUAACUUUACUUCUGGGAGAUCGUAUUUAAUUCUAAUUUCAAUUUUAUUAAUAAUUUUACAAACAAACAAUCAAAAAAAUGCCCCGCGGAGCUCACUUUGGACUCGGUCCCAUGGAGUCCUUUGCGCAGAGAAUGAGUUGAUCGCUGUAGAAGGAAUUGAAGUUGAUUCUGUGCACGAGAUUAAUGAGUUUAUCCGCAGCAUUGUCAUUUGGUAAAUCAUAAAUGUACUUUAUGAGCCCUAUGAGGAGCCCCGUGAAUUCCAAAUCAAAACGUUUUACAUUCUCCGAGAACGUUUCCGAUGGCUCCAUGGAGGAUUCAGCCUGAAACAAGAGCCACAGAGCAUUGGAAUUUUUCUGUGGGCAUUUCCACGGAUCAGUGCUCAAAGAAUUAUUGCUCUUCCUUUGACCAAGAUUGUCAGGCUUCCCUUAGUGAGAAUUUUCAGCCAAAACAAUUUCAAUCAAACAGACAAGGGGUGUUUAUCUGAGUGAAAAUCUUCGGAUUAUUCAUCAAUUAGAUUCGGAUGAUUCGAUAAAAUUCAAAUUAUUCGUCAAGUAAAUUCAUAUUAUUCGUCAAGUUUUGGAUUAUUCGAUAAAAUAAAUCGAAAUAUCCGACAGAUAAACACCCCUUGGAGCAUGUUGUGUGUAAGAGAUGUUGAUGACGAGUGCAACAUGGAUGCAACUGGAGCACAACUUUAAGUGCACACACUGUGCGUUGCAUGAGAAGAUUUGCUUGUAAAGUGGAAAGAAUGUGUGUGUUUCAAUGCAAAAUGGGGAAGAAUACCUGACUAGGUUGACUGGCUGCCAUUUCGUACUCCCAAUCUGAAUGAUCAUUGCCCCCAAAACUCUUCAACAUUGACGUGAGUUCAGCAUCAAUGAAAUAUCGCUGGGAUUUCUGCUCAUUAAACCCACCCACAAGCCCACGCGCAUAAUUUUGUUGCCAAUUCAUUUACAUCCCACCCCCAAAAUCAUCAUCAAGGAAAAAUCAUUUUUUGGCAGAUUUUUAAAAAAAAACAGUUUUCAUGAAGAAAAAAAAGGGAUAGAUUUCCAAGCCAAAAAAGAUGGACAAAAGCAGCAUAGAAAAGAGGGGAGAUCAUUUGAGUUUUGAAAAUACAGAGAGGCGGGAAAAAUUAACCAAUUCACACUCACCUGAAUAAAAUCACAGAACUGCGUACAAAUCUUCAUCAAGCGCGUAAUAGAUUUGAGCAUGUCCGUGUUGAUUAGCAUGCAAUCUUUGAGGCAUGAAUCCAAGAAGAUCUCAUGAACUCGCAGCACAUCAUCCACAUUCUCCACCGUGGCCAUAUUUUGAUUGAGAACAUGCCAAUUGGGCUCAAUCACCUCCACCAUCAUGUAGUAGCUGAUAUUCUGGAUUGCAUUCAUCAUUCGCUGUCGCAGCGUGAAGGCUGACCUGUACAGUUCUGCAGCUUCCGGGGCAAAUUUCUUUGCUGUUUUAUUUGACUUCCAAACUCUAGAGAAUAAGAGAGAGAGAGAGAGAGAGAAAAGAAACAUCUUGGCCAUAAAAAUACUCUCUAAUAAAAUCAUUCAUUUAUUAAAAACUAAAAAUUAUGUUUUGAAAUUAAAGGAAAAAAUAUAUAUUUAAAUAUUAAAUUUAUUUUGUGUUAAGUUUCCAAUGAUCUUCUAUUUUAUGUUUUAAAACUUUUUAAUUUAACCUUGUUAUAUUGAAUAAAGAAUAAAUUUAUUAACGAUUUCUUGUGAAAA